ACCGAACAAGGGAGUUCAAAAGACUUUUGCCCCCGGAAAAGAAGUGGCGUCUGCAGCCUCCCGUUCCUGGAGGCGACGGGGCGCGCUCCGUUUGGGCUCUUUCUGAUCGCUUCUUCUCUCUGCUUUCUUCCUGCUCCCCGCGUGAGAUCUCUCACACAGUGUUGGUGGUGGGGAUAAUAGGAUUCUGAUGCUAGAUCAGCUAUGGUAAACAAUUAAGAUGUUGUCGUUAGUUGUAAGAGAAAUUGAGCUGUAAUAAAUCAAUCAAGGGAGCUUUGUGCUCCUUGUUAUGGCUGUUGCCCAAGGCAACAGCAAAGAUCUACUGUAUUGUUGCUACAAGGUCCCUGGCCUUAGGAAUCCCAUCCUGGAAACCCCCCACAUAUCUUACCUAGAAGAUAGAUAUGUGCUACAAGAAGAGUUGGGCUGGGGUCAAUUUGGAGUUAUCAGGGCAUGCGCUGACAUGCUUACUGGAGAGUCAGUCGCCUGUAAGUCAAUCGCCAAGGAUCGCCUUGUUACCACGGAGGAUAUUAAGAGCAUCAAGCUUGAGAUUGAGGUCAUGGCUCGACUCUCAGGUCAUCCCAACAUUGUUGACCUCAAAGCUGUCUACGAGGAUGAUGACUAUGUGCACCUUGUGAUGGAGCUUUGUGCUGGCGGGGAACUUUUUCACCGUCUCGAGAAGCAUGGCUACUUCUCUGAAAAUGAAGCUGCUGUUCUCUUCCGGCCUCUCAUGGAAGUUGUUAUGUACUGCCAUGACAAGGGAGUUGUCCACAGGGAUCUCAAACCAGAGAACAUUCUGUUGGCUACCAAAUCUUUAUCUUCGCCAAUUAAAUUGGCUGACUUUGGCCUAGCGACUUACAUACAACCAGGGCAGACAUUGUCUGGGACUGUUGGAAGUCCGUUUUACAUAGCACCCGAGGUAUUGGCAGGGGGAUACAAUGAGGCAGCUGAUGUAUGGAGUGCCGGAGUGAUUCUUUAUAUUCUUCUUAGCGGGAUGCCACCAUUUUGGGGAAAGACUAAAUCAAGGAUAUUUGAAUCAGUAAGGUCUGCUGAGCUACGAUUUCCUUCUGAUUCAUGGCAAAGUGUCUCCAACACUGCAAAGGACUUAAUUAGAAGAAUGUUAUGCAGAGAUCCUUCUCAGAGACUCACAUCUAAACAAGUUUUAGAUCAUUCCUGGAUAAAAGAGCAUACGCAGCAACCGCAAGUGUUGAGCGGGCAGGGCCAUGAAAUUGGUUUCAGGCAAGAUGAUGUGGGAAGCUGUUCAUUUUCUACACCGCUCGUCUCUGCAAGUCGGGAUGUCAGCUUUAGCACUAGUUCCCUUAUUGCCUACCAUGAAGUCGACGAUCAUUCCUCCCCCGUAUUCUCAUGCAGAUCAUCAUUUUCUUCUGUUGCUGUUGAAACACCUUUGUCUUGUACAAUCAAUUUUUCUUUUCAGAACAGCUUUGAGUCUGAGAGUCUGAGAUUCUCCACACCGAUAGAAGUGAUGCCAAGCUUUGCAUUCUUCACGACGGAGCAACAAAAACCAUUCAGUUUUACUAAUGACGAGCCGGAAAAUAACACAUUUCAUAUCAAUUCAAAAUCCAGGAAGCACUCUGGUUUACCUGACUCAGUUGCAUGUGCCGGUCGAGACUUCAGAGAACUGGAGCACAAAGGGGUCGAAGCCCGAAGAGGCAUUUCAAGCAACUCCAAAUCUAGCAUCCACAGCAGAAGGAACCACACGAUCGGUCUCGGAGAGCUCGAUCAGCUCAACCUUGUGGUCUCGGAGUCAGUCAUACGUUGGGCAUCAUGUGCACACCUCUCAAAUGCCCCAUCACUUAGGUCUUCUAUGGUUUGUUGACAUCCUCUUGCGUAUUCAAGGAACAUGGUUGAAUCUAUACUCGUUGAAUCUAUACUCGAUAUCGUGCUUACCCACUCGAUUCGCUAAGAUGAUGAUGAACUUAAUGCUUGUGGAUAAUUGAGAGAAGCUCUACAUGCAAGUAUGGAAUGUGUUCUAGAUGCAUUUGUACUAACCAGCCAAAAUUGCUAUCGUUGGAGAUUAUGAAUAUCAACUAGCAUAGAGCAAUUUAUUUCGA